AUUGUAUUGGUUUUUAAAGUCAAAUGUUUUUUAUUACAGUUUUGUGUUAUAUUUUACCAUGCUGUUUGGUUUUUCUUUUUUGACACAACCUGUAUAAUAAGUGCCCACCUGUUUUAUGAUAGUGCGCCAACCAACCGCCCCCCGUCGAUAAUCCGCGGGGUAGCGGAGUUUUGCGCUACCAGUAGCGGAAUUUUCAAUUUUGGGUCUGGCAACACUGCUGAUAACCUUAAAUUCUCAAGUUGUGUUUGAAACCUUUUGUGGUUUGAGAGGUUUAAUAUAGUUAUUAAUAUAAAAUUUUAGUAUAUAGCUUUGCAUUAUAAUGGCAGCAACUGGUUCAAAAGGUGGUUUAAAGCCACCGUUUAAUUCAGACUCAGAUGUUCACAUUACCUAUGAAGACCAGCAAAAGAUCAAUAGGUUCGCAAGAUUAAAUGCUAAAUUGGAAGACUACAAGGAUGAAAUCAAAUCAAGAGAGAAUGAUCUUCAGAGUAUUGAAGAAGCUUCUGAAGAAAUAGAGCUAUUUGAUGAUGAUGAGCAAAUUCCAUACCUUGUGGGAGAAGUUUUUAUUUAUCAAAAUGUAGAAAACACCCAAAGUUCUUUAGCUGAAGCCAAGAAAAAUCUGGAAAAUGAAAUAAAGGAGCUCAAAGAUAAAGCAAGUGGUGUGAAAGACAUGAUGGCUGAACUGAAGAUUUGCCUAUAUGGAAAAUUUGGAAAUCAUAUUCAUCUAGAAACUGAUGAUGAAGAAUAACAUGUUUGCAUUUUACCUAUUAUGGUUUGUCAAAUAACUUAUUGUUACUGAUAUAUAUAUUUAAUAAAUAUUUGUAAUCAAAAUAAC